CUUUUCUCCCGUCUCUUUCUGUACAGUCUACAUAACGACAUUUUACGACAAAGCCGUGCAUGGAAUUUCUGUUCUCCCCAGUGAGAUACCGGUUGGAGAAACGCAGUAGCAAGAGAAUACAUAGAAGGGUUAGUAAUCGUUCCCAUACCUGUCCGCUCGUCCCGGAUAAGAAUCCGGCAUCUUCUCUGGUACACAUAAACCGAGCGGUUAGAUGUGGAAACAGGGCUGAGGAGAGAGCGACGCGAGGGAAGGCAACUAAAAAUUCUAACCCGGGUUGUGAAGUAAGUUGCCUCCUAAGCGGCGCUUUAAAAGGAAGCAAAAGAUAAUUGACCAAAACAACAGAGAAGAUGGACUAUGAUUUCAAAGUGAUGCUGACCGGGGAGAGAGAACGUGUAGAGGACCUGUUUGAAUAUGAGGGAUGCAAAGUGGGGAGAGGCACCUACGGCCAUGUAUAUAAAGCAAAGAGAAAAGAUGGGAAGGAUGAUAAGGACUACGCCCUCAAGCAGAUUGAAGGCACUGGCAUCUCCAUGUCUGCCUGCAGAGAGAUUGCACUACUGCGGGAGCUGAAGCAUCCUAAUGUGAUCUCACUGCAGAAGGUGUUCCUGUCACACGCAGACCGCAAAGUCUGGUUGCUCUUCGACUAUGCUGAGCAUGACCUCUGGCACAUCAUAAAGUUCCACAGAGCGUCCAAGGCCAAUAAGAAGCCCCUGCAGCUGCCCAGGGGGAUGGUCAAGUCCCUGCUUUACCAGAUCCUGGACGGCAUCCAUUACCUUCACGCCAACUGGGUCCUACACAGAGACCUGAAACCUGCCAACAUCCUAGUGAUGGGGGAGGGGCCAGAGAGGGGUCGAGUAAAGAUCGCGGACAUGGGCUUUGCCCGCCUCUUUAACUCACCACUGAAGCCAUUAGCAGAUCUGGACCCUGUGGUGGUCACCUUCUGGUACAGGGCACCAGAGCUACUGCUAGGUGCCAGGCACUACACCAAAGCCAUCGACAUCUGGGCUAUUGGCUGCAUCUUUGCCGAGCUGUUGACAUCUGAGCCCAUCUUCCACUGUCGCCAAGAGGACAUCAAGACCAGUAACCCCUACCACCAUGACCAGCUGGACCGCAUCUUCAACGUCAUGGGCUUCCCUGCUGAGAAGGACUGGGAAGACAUCAAGAAGAUGCCCGAACACUCCACUCUGAUGAAGGACUUCAGACGGAACACGUAUACAAACUGCAGCCUAAUAAAAUACAUGGAGAAACACAAAGUGAAACCAGACAGCAAAGCAUUCCACUUGCUCCAGAAGCUGCUGACCAUGGACCCGAUCCGCAGGAUCACGUCUGAGCAGGCCAUGCAGGAUCCUUACUUCCUGGAGGAACCACUGCCCACCUCUGAUGUGUUUGCAGGCUGCCAGAUCCCCUACCCAAAGAGGGAGUUCCUGACAGAGGAGGAGCCAGAGGACAAGGCAGAGAAAGUCAGAAAUAAGAACCAGCAGCAGCAGGGGAACAACCACACCAAUGGGGCGGGGCACACUGGUAACCCUGACAAUAGCCAUGCCCAGGGCCCGCCCCUAAAGAAGGUGCGAGUGAUCCCGCCAGUCACUACCUCAAGUGGCCUCAUGACCUCAGACUAUCAGCGCUCCAAUCCACAUGCUGCCUACCAGAACCCCGGACCAAGCACAUCACUGCCCCAAAGCAGCAUUGGAUACUCCUCUACCUCCCAGCAGCCCCCGCAGUACUCACACCAGACCCACCGCUACUGACCCCUGACCUCUACCCACCCCUCGCCAUGCCCGCGAGGGAGAAUGUACUAAGGGAAGUGGGUGUGUCUAUGGCAACAGCCCACCGGUCCACCCUCACUGCAGCAGUCCAUUAGCCCAGUAUGUUAAUACAAUAUACUCAUUCUAAAAGAACAUGACAUAACGCAACAACAUCAGCCAUGACAGAACAUGACAUAACGCAACAACAUCAUCCAUGACAGAACAUGACAUAACGCAACAACAUCAGCCAUGACAGAACAUGACAUAAUGCAACAACAUCAGCCAUGACAGAACAUGACAUAACGCAACAACAUCAGCCAUGACAGAACAUGACAUAACGCAACAACAUCAGCCAUGACAGAACAUGACAUAACGCAACAACAUCAGCCAUGACAGAACAUGACAUAAUGCAACAACAUCAGCCAUGACAGAACAUGACAUAACGCAACAACAUCAGCCAUGACAGAACAUGACAUAAUGCAACAACAUCAGCCAUGACAGAACAUGACAUAACGCAACAACAUCAGCCAUGACAGAACAUGACAUAACGCAACAACAUCAGCCAUGACAGAACAUGACUUCAAUUCAACCAUGACCAACACAUGGAGACUAAACCAAGAGAAAGAUGGAGAAGGAAGAACAGAUGCUGUCAGUUUGUUGUUUCCCUCGUUCCUUCCUCUGUGGUUCAAGUUAUCGUCGCUGCAAGUUUGUGACCAUUACAAAGUUAACCUUCAGAACUGGAACUUAACUACAGCCACAAGACCAACAAACAGAAGGUGGAACCGGGGCUCCCCUCUUCCAUUACCCUCCUUUCCUUCUCUCCUUACCCCUCCACCAAUGCUCUCCCCCUUUCCAGCCGGAUUCCCCUCUUCCCUUACCCUCCUUUCCUUCUCUCCUUACCCCUCCACCAAUGCUCUCCCCCUUUCCAGCCGGAUUCCCCUCUUCCUGUUGAAGCUUCGAUGAGACUAAAGCUACUAUGUGACUGUCUGUGUGUCUUCCCGUCUGUCUGUCUUUGUGUCUGUCCGCCCUUCCAUGGGCAUCUUCGUUGGGGACCGAAUUGAGCUGCUGACAGGAGCAUUCUGGGAGUUUGUGGGGCCCCGCCCACAGCUCUGGUUGAGGGCUUUAUUGAGAAAAAACAAACAAAAAAAAUAAGAUUUUAGUAGUUUAUAAUUUAAUCUGUUUUGUUUUCACACAAAACAAAAAGUGGCGAAGUAGCUUCUGUUGUGCUGAGAGAGAGCUGCCGUUUUUAUCGCUGUGGGCAAAGCCUUAUCUUCCUGAUGACAAACCAACACAUUGUGUAGAGGAUGGCAUAUGGAACAUGCAUUUUUACUGUAUUGAAAUAUUUUACAUGACGCAAGUAUCCUGACAAUAAAAGUGGUAAUGUUGACA